AUGGCGGGGCCGUGGCUGCUGCUGGCGGCGCUGCUGUGCGCGGCGGCCGAACCGCGCUGCCCGAGCUGCGCCGCGGGAGCCGAGCGGCGGCUGCUGGAGGAAGCGGCCAAACGGCAGCUGCUGGAGAAGCUGCGGCUCCGUGAGCGGCCGAGACUCUCCCACGCCGUCCCCAGAGCCGCCGUGGCCCGCGCCCUGCGGCGGCUGCAGGCGGGAGGCGGCCGCCGGGGCCCCGACGACGACGACGGGGAGGAGCAGAGUUACGAGAUCAUCAGCUUCGCGGAGCCAGAGCCCACGUCUGCCUCUGCCUUGGGGCUGCGGUUCCACUUCAGCCAGACCCAAGAGCGAGACGUUCGCAUCCUGCAGGCUCAGCUCUGGCUUUACCUCCGAGUUCCCUACGACCUGAGGCUGAGAAUCUUCCUGGCUGGUGGGGAAGGCGAUUCGCUGAGGGGCAACCGCACGUUGCUGAGCGAGAGGCUCCUGAGCGCCAGGGGCAGCGCCUGGCACCCCUUCGCCCUGGCGCCCGCCCUGCAGAGCUUCUUCGGUGGCGAGCGCGGGAGCCUGCGGCUGCGGCUGGAGAGCAGCGGCGGCGAUGUCACAGCGAUAGUCAACGCCAGCCGGUCCCACCAGCCCUUCCUGGUAGCCAAAGCAAAGGUGAGGGAGCCCGGGCACCGCCUGGCCAAGCGCAGCCUCCGCUGCAGCCACAACUCCAACCUGUGCUGCCGCAAGGACUACUACGUGGAUUUCCGUGACAUCGGCUGGAACGACUGGAUCAUUAAGCCCGAGGGCUACCAGAUAAACUACUGCGUGGGCCAGUGCCCUCUCCACGUGGCUGGCAGCCCUGGCAUGGCUGCUUCUUUCCACACGGCCGUCUUCAACCUGGUGAAAGCCAACAAGGCGCAGGCGGCCGGCCACUCGUGCUGCGUGCCCACGCGCCGCCGCCCGCUCUCCGUCCUCUACUUCGACCGCAACAGCAACAUCGUCAAGACUGACAUCCCCGACAUGAUUGUUGAUGCCUGUGGCUGUAGUUAA